AUCUGAGAAACAGAAGAAAGAGUCAGAAGAAAAAGAAGUAAAGGGAAAAGUGCAACGAGUGAGCAUGAUAGAACUUGAGACAGGGGAUUCACAGGCGUGUGACGACAACCUGCUGAAGUUGCACGAGCUAGAAUUUAGAAUUGCCAAUGACAUGCUCAAAGGUAAAUACAAAGGCAAAAAAGGCCGCGAACUUACCUCGAAGGAACUUAAGGAAAAACUACGCAGGCUGUGCGACCUGGAAGUUCAGAUCGCAGAUGAGCUAUUCGGCCAAGAAUCCGAAGCAUCCGGAACCAUGGACGUUGAAGGCACCAUCGCGAAGGCUACCCUCAAGCGCCCGCCCGGCGAGAAAGAAAGGCGGGGCAGCCGUGACGUUGAUCGAGAUUCAGACAGAAGAGACUACUACGAACGCAGAGACUACUAUGAUCGUCGGGACUAUCCACAAGACUACGUGGACCAAUACGGCGGUCAAAUGGAUUAUAAUGCUCCGGCGGAGUUCCAUGCUGACUACAGACAGAUGACAACACAGAUGCCACCGCCGACGCAGCCCAUGCCUCAAAUGCAACCAUUUCCUCAGAUGCAACCGAUGCCUCCGAUGCAACCGAUGCCUCAGAUGCAACCGAUGCCUCAGAUGCAACCUAUGCAACCUAUGCAACCGAUGCCACAGAUGCCACAGCCACCACCCGUAGCACCUCAACCACUGACACAAACAGUAAUUCAACGGAGUGCUCCGGGACCUACCCUGGGAGCAGUCGAAGAAAUUGGUAAUGACUUGGUUCGCCACCAGGAAAAUAUCGAAGUAUCCGGUGAAUCUGGUGUUCAGGUAAUCAAGCACACCACGCACUCGGAGUUAAUCCGCUGCGGAUCGGCGGAGCCUCACGCCAUGGAGAUUCCAUCCAAGCCGGCUUUUUCUGUUGAGAGCAUCGAUCCCGGGCGAAAACCCAUCGUCGCUACUUUCGAGCAGGUAGCUGAUGAUCAGCAGACUGUGGUGAAGCUCAAGACUGCCAUUGACAUUGAGAUCAUACCACAAGGUGGUAAGCAGCCUCUGUCCAUGGCAGAGAAGACCGAGGCACUGACGCGCUCGAAACCUGAGGAGACAGAGGAGGAGGAACCACCGCCUGCCCCGCCAAAGAAAAAGCGCUCCAAGGAAGUGCAGCGGGCACGUUCCCCGAGUGCAGUUCGUUCACCGAGCCCUCCCGUGAUCGAAGAGGAGGUUGAGGACGAUGACGAUGAACCGUCGGGGCCGCGCAUCCCGGAGCUAGCGGACCGCCGCGUGACCACUGAUGACGAAAUUCCGCCGGGACCGUCCUUCUGGCAGUGGAUCUGCCAAAGCAUAUACUCUCCCCGAGGAGGCGCCCGUUGCAACGUGACCGCCGAACGGCAAGACCGGCCAAUGCCACAGAAUCGGGGCCGAUCGCGGAGUCGGGACCGCGAUGAGAGGGUCCGCGAGAAAGAGGAAGAGUUGCGCCAGCUGAUUGACAGCGUCAUCAAGGUGUCUCAGGAUGUCAUCCUCGCGCGGCGCGCCAUUGAGCUUGGCGGCGUCGGCGAAGACCGUUGCAUGGGCAACAUGCUGGAAGCUGAGGGCAAGUUGCGCAACUUAAUCGACCUGGAAAUGAGACUGGCGAACGAACUUUCCAACUUCAGGAACUCUGACAUGGUAGCCAACGAAGAGUCGCGUAUAAGCGUACUCAACGCGGAAGAGAAAAUCCGUCAGUUGAUCGAUGUCGAGUCUCGUCUAGCGGAAGGCUUCGUAGCCGAGCGCAAGUCGUCAGUCAAGUCCAAAAUCUCCGAUGCCAUGUCCGAAGGCGCCCUGCGCAGCUUCGCCUUUGAAGAAACAGGUCACGGCACAGAAGUGCGUGGGUUGCCGAAGAAUGUGCCGAAGAAACCUCGCAAGUUGCUACCUCAUAUGCUUCCAGACAGCGCACCCGGGCGGAAGCCUAAGGCCGCGGACGACGAGAGCCGCAAAUGCCGGCGCAAGAAGGGCGCCGACACGGACGACGACAAUGAGCCGGACGAGCGUCACAGCUCGCGACCGGCACGGCCCAGGUCCCGGCGGCGGGAUGACACGGCUGAGGAAGACGAGCUACGGACACCGCGCCGCAAGGUUCGGCCGCCGGUCGUCCAACACGCGCCUCAGCGACCCAAGCCGAAAAGUCGACUGCUGCUGCUGGAAGAAGAAGAGCACAAACGCUCUCGCGAGGACGAUUCUCCCAGGGUGCGACGAGGCAGUCCAAAGCUUCGCAGACGCGGGGACCAGGACCGGUCACCCAAGAGACGUGGAAGUCCGAGCAAGUCGACGCACAGGCAGCUGAUCAAGGUCCAGGAAGGCGUUCCCGUCAAAAUCAGCCUCAGCGGAAAGAUGCUUGAAGGAAAGAAAAGGCGUUCCAAGUCAGGUGACAAUUUUACGGAGACUGCGCCAGACGCUACGCGGAAGAGCGCCAUUUCUGUGACCGAGGUAUCGUCAUCUAUCUCCAUCAGCGACUCCAUCACUGAAGCCACGACAGUGGUGCAUAAAUCUUCGAGCGAUGGCACCAUCGUGGGCAAGCGCUCCAUCUCGUUCGGAACUCCACGAAACAAACCGGCCAAGGCGCGCACGCCCUCCAGCGGUGCUCGUUCGGGCAAGGGCUCUAGCCAGGUUUCCGUGCUGACUGUGUCCAUUAGCGACAGUGAGGACGUGGAUCCCCGUGGACCACCGCAAUCCAGGAGAGCGCGUGCCCUCCUGACGCCCAGGUCGCGGCCGGAGAGCCCCCCAUGGACAUCAACGCAGCCAACUCAGCACGUGACGCGGUCGUGCAGCCGCCACCUCGCCAUGCAGCGGGCGGCGCAAAUGCGCGGCUACUCGAGAAGCCCUUCGCCAAAGCCCGGCUACGCGGUGGCAUCGGGGCGUAUGUACUCGGCAAGCCCUACACGUGUGCGCAGUCCCAUGCGUGUGCCCAGCCCUCGGAGGACGGUGUUUCAAGUCCUGGAUGAGAGCGCCUACUAUGCCGAGCCAGUGGUUCGGGACCGCGCACGCCUUAUGCGUCGCGAAGACCAACGCUUCCAAAUGGCCGCGGAUGAUCCGAAGCCUCAGCGCGACGGCAAGUGGCAUGAGCCGAAGCUUCGUGUGAGCUACGCGGCUCGUGUGCCAUCACGUGGCAGCCAUUCGGACAGUUCUGUCAGCUAUAGCGUGUCCUCAAAAACUGCACUGGACUACGAGAGGGGCGAUAGCCCACCAGGGUAUUAUCGGACCGCUUCUCAGCUCGAUCGAUACCGUGAACCAUCCAGGGCAAGGUCGUACAGUUCGACCCCACAACUUUGUUACGAGGACUCGCCUUCGAGAACGUAUCGCGAUCAUUCACCAACAAGAGGUUACGUGGAAGGAUUGAGAAAUGCUUCUGGUGUACCCACAGACGACCGUGACGUUUCACUGUCGAGAAUCAGCGGAUACUCAUCGCCGAAAGCAGGCUGUCAGGGCUCGACUGGAAAAAUGCUAGUCAGCGUCAGUUCGUCGAGACUAGUCCGUAGCGCGUCCCUCCCCAGAGACAGCCCUAGCACAUCCGCUCCGAGGGUAUCUCGCAGAGGUUCUCAGUCAAGGCUCGCUCGUGAGGCCAGUGCUUUCAGAGGGGCACGAAGCACAUCACCUCGCCAAAGCCGCAGUAUGUCCCCCCGGAAACCAGAUACGUCGCUAGCAAGAAUAAAGGUUCGUGCUGCGUCAUCGUUGCAUCUUGGUUAUGAGACAUCAUCAUCUCGUACGGAAAGUUCACGCAGACUGACCCGGAGAGCCUCUCCGGACUGGCUCGAACGCAAUGGUUUGCUCCCGAAAGGGCCUUUGUCCCCGCCACCACCAAAACCCCCAGUGCCUCCACCAAUGCCACCCCCUAAAGGCUUCUCAAUGGGACCGCUUGGUUUCGAGAGCACCAGCACGUCAGCUUCAGCCAUACGUAUAACCAUGUCCCCGCCUCCCAUGCCCCCUGUCCCGCCCAUGUUGCCGCCACCAACACCCACUGAAAUAGCAGCUUUACAGGCUGUAACGAUAACGAUGAAAGAUCUGGGACGGGAGCAAAGUUCCUCCGAGCAUGAGCUGUGCGCGGCGGAACUUCAGCGUCAGAUACUGGAGAAGCAGCAACUUCAACUUGAGCAACUGCUUCAACUUCAACAAACGCAAGAUUUUCAUCCACUGGAAGACGUCGAUGAACAGCAGUUGCAGCAGCAACUUAAAGAGCUGCAGAAAGUUCUACAACAGCAAGAAGGUGCACCCGUACUCCAGGUGCAGUUUCAAAGCCCGGCUGACCCAUCCGGGAAGCCUUCAACGCCGCUAGCUCAGUCUGUGCUUCAAGUGCAGUUUCAAAGUCCAUCACAGCCGCUGCCUCAAGUUUUUCAAGCUCAAAUCCCGACAAGAGCAGAGAGCCCCGGUGUGAUACAAGUUCAGCUCCAAAGUCCAAUUGCACCUUCGGAACCACAGCAAACGGAGUCCUUCAGUCAGAUUACUUCGCGUGUUGCGCAUCCAGAGCAACCAGGAGUACUGCAGGUCCAGCUUCAAAGUCCAUUAGACUUUCAAGCCCAACCAGUUUCCACCCAAGAAACUACACAACCCGGUGAAGUUUCAAUUUUACAAGCGCAGCUGCAGAGUGCUGUGGAUUUUUCUGCUCCGGCAGGACCUUCUCAAGUUGACCAGCUCAGCGUCCUCCAGAGCCCUUUAGAGCCUAAAAGCACAGCAUCGGAUCACGCAGGACUGUUUCAGAUGCAACUGCAGGGGCUAAUGGAUUUUUCUCAACAGCCACUCGCACAACAACAAUCUGAUCAACUUGGAGCAAUGCAAGCACAGCUGCAAAGCCAGCUGGGGUUUCCCAUGCAAGCGUCAUCUCAGGCUCAACAACCUGGGCAACCCGGUGUAAUCCAAAUGCAAUUCGGCAGUCCAUCAACGGCUUCUACAGGGUUCAUUGGCCAACAGACGGCGCAAGAAAGCCUGCUUGACCAGACAUUCCUGCAAUCAUCAACGCCACAAAUGGAUUUUUCCGGUCAGCUAAUGCCUGAAGUCCAUGUGGCCGGUUCGUCAAUACCGCAAAUCGGACUUUCAUAUCAAACAAUGUCUCAGAUGGAGCAGUCGAUGCAUCAAACAGGGCAGCUUGACCAGCUUGGUCCAUCAAUGCAAGAUCAGUCGUUUCUUCAAAUGCAGAUGCAAAGUCCACUGAUGACUUCAGCAGACUUCUCUAGCCAGCCAUUGCUGCAGUCACCUUUUCCAUGUCAGGAAAUGUCGCAAGAGCAAGGACUUGGCCAGAAUAUGCUUCUAGAGCAACAGAAAAGGCAAUUCUCACUACAAAUGAAUCACGGAACGUCUUCGAUGUCUAACUUUAUGCAGGAAUCGGUACAAGCUAUGCAAGCCUCAGGACAUGGGAUACCUGCUAUGCAAGGAAUGCAGGACUGGGCCCGUGAGCAAAUUCCAGGGGAGCCUAUGCCAUACAUGCAAGAGUGGGGGUCUGCGAUGCAUAUGCCUGGACAACAUUUUCAGAUGUCGGAGCGAAUGCCCGGAACAGCUAUGCGAGAUGCCAGACGUCAAGCUAUGAAUCAAAACUCGUUGUUCAACCAAACACCACCACAAGAAUUUCCGUUCAGCCGUGGAAUGUCUCGAAAAGUGGCACCAAGUUCUUCCGUGCAAAUUAUGAAUGAAAUGAUGCAGGAAGAUCUACUUGCUAGUCGAUCAUCGCCGCAGAUGCAAAUCGCCGAACGAAGAAUGGAAGUUCAGCCCUCUGCAGAGUCGCCUUUUCGGGACCCGUUUCAACAGAGAUCCCAGCCACAUACAGUGGUUAUGUUUCAGAGGUCUGAUCGGGAUAUUCGCCUUCCUCGACAAGAGAGCACACCAGAGCCAAGGAGUAGCGAACCGGGCAUGCAGCGCUAUCCGUGGUGCAGCCCCGAGGAACUUGCGAAACGGCCGUUCUUCUGGGGUACACCUGAGCCAAGGAGUAGCGAACCGGGCAUGCAGCGCUAUCCGUGGUGCAGCCCCGAGGAACUUGCGAAACGGCCGUUCUUCUGGGGUACACCUGAGCCAAGGAGUAGUGAACCGCGCAUGCAGCGCUUUCCCUGGUGCAGCCCCGAGCAACUAGCGAGACGGUCGUUGUUCUGGGGUACACCUGAGCCAAGGUCGCCACCCUCGGAUGCAUUCCCGCAGGCGCUUUCACCGCAGACGCCUUCCAGAACGGAGAUGUACCCUGGAAUGGUUUUUGAAUCGCCGCCCAUGCGUUGUCUUGAACCAUCAUUGCCUAUGCCCUCACCUUUACUACCCACAAAACCCCAGGUUUACCAAAGCUUCUUGGGUUUGCCUUCGCCUAAACAACCCACGAGACCCCGGGCUUACCAAACCUUCUUGCGUAUGCCCUCGCCUAUACAACCCACGAGAACCCGGGGGCCCCAUCCUUACGAAAGCUUCUUGCAUAUUCCACCUUCGCCUAUACAACCCGCCCACCAAAGCUUCUUGCGCCAUGCCCGUUCCCAGGACGCCUCUCCAGGAUUUCAUCAAUCCACGCCAAUACCGCAGCAGCAAUCAGAGCAGCCGAAAACGCCCCAGAUGCUGUUAAAGCCACCACAGCUGCCACAGCCGGCACGUACGCUGCAGCUGCAGCAGACGCCGCAGCCGCAGCAGCCGUCACCACAACCGCAGCCAUCGCAGUCACCAAAACAGCAGCUGCCGAAACCAUCGCAGUCAUCGCAAUCCCCGCAGCCACCAAAGCCUCCGCAGCCUGCGCAAACACCGCAGCAGCAACAGCAACAGCAGCCUGCGCAGGAGCAGCAGCAACAGCCGAAACAAGUUCACCAAAAGCUCCAGCAAACAGCGCAAAAUAGUGAGCCAUGUAUGCAGCAGAUUCCGCUACCCGUGACAGGCUACGAGCCUACAAUGCAAGGGCCUCCGUUUCCGAGGUUUCCGUUCCGUAUGCAGCGACCUCGCUCAGCAACACCUCUCAGAACACCUUCUCCUCUUCCGCCGAGACCCCCGUCCCCGUCGUUCAGUCCUCAAUCGCCACCACCGCGGUUUACCGACCUGCGUCAGCUUGAAUUCCAGACAAGGCUGCAGCAACAGAUGUUAGAGCAACAGCAGCAGCAAAUGCAGGAGCAAAUGAUGGCAGCAGCGCGCCUACAAUGUCCACCAAGGCCUCCAAGAAGCCCUACCGGCCCAGUCCCAAUGCACCGAAGCUCGCCCAAUCUUUUACCACCGUAUGGACAACAAAUGUUUAUGCAACAGCAGAUGCAAGACCAGUACCGUAUGCAAAGAAUGCAGCAAGCCAAUCAGAUUAAUCGUCUUCGGGACAUGGGAAGCGAUACUGAUGGUGGGGGUUACUUGCGCCGAAAGAUGCUCAGCGGUACAAAAAGCAGCCUGCCUGACAUGGUCAGUCCGUCAGAUUACGGAAAUACUACUGUAAACACAAAAUCAUUGGCAGCUGCAUCAAACUUGAUAGAAAAAAGGAAGCCACCGCCGCUCCCACCGCACAUUCAUGCGCACGCACAUGCGCAUAGGAAACAGAACUAUCGACAUGCUGCAAUCGAAACGAGAAUGCGCAAUUCUCAAACUGAGAUGGUUGUUUAUUUUGUCGUGUUACUAGCCACAAUUAUUGGUCUCUGGACUGUAUUGGACAUUUACGGACGACGUACUGCUGUGCACUCAUUAAAUGGUAGUUACAUAGCAAUUCCCAACGCUACCAUGAAGGGUUUCAGAGACAGCUCAGGCCAGAACGGCGUUCCUGUCAACAUAAGCGGGCAACCUGGCUUUGAACUAUGUAGUUCAUCAGCAUGCCUAGCCGAAGGCAGCUACGUGUCGCACCAGCUAAACUGGAACGUGAACCCCUGCGAAAGCAUGUACGAGUUCGUAUGCUCGAACAGCCCGGCCAAACCCGCUGAUGAGUUGCUUCUGUCCGACAUGGAAACUUCGCUGCUGCGCAAGCUUCGAGGUACAUCCACCGUAGGAAGCCCUGCAAUGAAGCUUAUACAAGACCUCUGGAAAGAGUGCCUAGAUCAAGAGACACGCAAUCGCCUAGGCUGGGGCCCCCUGAAGCACAUGUUCAAGGCUACAUCACUGGCAGACUGGCCAUACCAGCAGUUCACCACACAAGGAGAGCCAGCUAUUUGGCAGGCCGCAGCUCGCGCACUGCGCUACUUCGGCUUGGCCACGCUAGUUUUGUUAGAGCCCAGUGAACACCCUUUGUUGGGACGCAGCCCUCUGCUGGCCUUGGACAAGCCUGUGCUGCUGUUGCAUCCGGGAAAUGACAGCUCCUGGUACUACGAAGCAAUUUCCUUGGCCCUAUCUUCAGUAGCUCGCAAGAAUGUUGCCAAACACUCGGUAGCCUUGGACGUGACAAACUUCGCACGGCAGCUGUCCAGCGUUGUGCGGUCGCCGGGCGCCUCGGGUGACUUGGGCCGCGACGCCAAGCUGGAGCGUCUCCGCAGUGUGCCUCGCUACCGGGCAUUGCUGGCGGGCUACCUGCAGAAUGACAGCCUCGUGAACGACGACACUGAGCUGCUCCUGAGGGCGCCAGAGUACGCCAUCCGCCUCGGCUACCUGAUGGAUGACACGGCGCCGCACGUGGUGUUGAACUACAUCGGGUUCCGGCUGCUUGUUCACGUGUCGCCAUUUGUUCCCGAGUCGCUGCGCAAGCUGGUGCCUCUGCGGGCUCGACAGCUGGGACUGGGUGACCACGGCCCGGGACAGUUGGUGUGCCUGCGUGCCGUCGAGCACGCGUUACCCACGGUCUUCUACCGCGCGGCGUACGAGUUGCACCGGCCGCUGCUGGACGCACUGCUUGCGGCCGACCUGGGCGGCGUGCUGAAGCAGGCGCUGGCGUCACGGCUGGCACUCCUGCGCUGGCUGGACGGCGAGACGCGCGACCGUGCUCUACAGCGGCUUCACCAGCUCGAGCCUCGCCUGUUGUUCCCACCGUGGGUGACCGACACGGCCAAGGCAGAGCACGACGUUCGCCAGGCACCACGCGUGAUCGUGGGCGAAGGCCUCCGCUCGUACGCACGCAUCACCAAGCAUCUGAUGCAUCGCCGGCUGCAGAGCGCCGACCCGUGGCUCGGCCAGCCGCCUUCAGACGACCAGUGCUGGCUAGGUCCCGGCCGCCGCAUCCUCUACGUACCACUGACGGCACUGAAUGCGAGUGCGCCGCCUCAGGAGCCCUUCGUGCUGUUGCAGCUGGCGCGGCUAGGCGAACGUGCGGCGCGCUGCCUCGUACGCCUGGUGCUGGACGGUGCUGGCAGCCGUGCCGAGGACCCGCGAGCAUGGUGGACGCCCGCGGCGCGCCAGGGUCUUGCAGAGCUGCGCAAGUGCUACGCGCUGCAGAGCCGCGGCGACCGGCCGACCGCCGCUGAGGAGAGCGGCGCCCUGGUCGUCUCGCACGCGGCCUUCGAGGCACGCAUGCCGGCGCUCGACUUCCGUCUCGAAAACGCCGUUUCCAUGUCCCUGGACCAACUCUUCUUCAUCCACUACACGCUCGGAUACUGCACCGCCGACUCCGAUGUGGCGCGACGCGUCAAUUUGGCCCUGCUCAACUUCGGCGGUUUCCAGCGAGCGUUCACUUGCGACGCUGGGACUCCGAUGAACCCGCGCAAGAGCUGUGACUUCUGGUGAACGGCUCCGGUUCUUCCAAAGACUGGCGAGCUGGCCGUGGGUUCUCUAAAGCAUGUGCCCUCACUUGUUACUUGUUGCAACGCGUGGUAAUCGGCUGCGACGGAAACCGGCCACACGUAUGAACAACCUAGCAAGUGCACCAGGCAUGUGCAGUGUCCUUUUGCAACUGUGUGUGAGAAGAAAUUUUUUUUUUUGCAUGUGUGUUUAGAAAGCUUCAGAACAGGGGUGGUGGUUGCAAAUAAAGUUUG